UUUCCAUUCUCUUUUUUUUUUUCUAAUACAAUGUUCCAUUCCAUUUUGUAUUCUCCGUGCAACGCCGCCACUACAAUUUAAUUUAAUAUAUUUAUUUAUUUAUACAUAUAGACAAGUGACAUAUUAAUGUUUUUAAUUGUCUUCUCUCACCAAACCCAUUUUGAUCAAUUGCUUCAAUUUCGUUAAAGGAAAAAUUUUAGAGGCAGAAAUUGAUUAUCACUAGAGUGGAUUGAAAAUUACAAAAGAAUAAGAUUACCUUAGCCGUAUUAAUUUGUCAAUAUGGGAAAACAAUUGAUUAGUUCAGAGGAAUCCAAUGUUCAAAUUCAGGAAACUAAUGUAGGAUGCAUGUGGGGCAUGUUUCAUAUUCUUGAUUAUCAUCAUUGGCGUGUCAAAAAGGCUUUUCAUCACAAAAAGAAAAGACAUGCAAGAUAUAAGAAAAAAACCACUUUGCAAGAUCAACAAAAUGUAGUUACAGUAGCAGAAGAACCCUUCUCGGUCAGCAAACAUAGCAAAAAGUUGAAUGCUACCGAGGAAUACUCAGGAACAAACCAGGCCAGUAGUGAUUAUGCACUUCAACAGAAGAAAGAUGGAAAGAAAACAGAAGGUUCCCUUAACAGAGAAAUUUCCAUUAAACUUAAGAAUCAUGAUGAUGUUGUGGAGGUAAUUAGUAUGAAGAAAAAUGUAUUGCUAAAAUUUCUAAGAGAUAUAGACAUUGGUGGUAAGAAAAUUCAUCAAGCUUCCAAAAACAAACUAAGGUUGACAAGAUCAGGAUCAUUUCCUGUAACUGCACCUUCUAAGAUGAAAUACAUUAGCUCUAGUACCUUCAGAUACAAGCAAACUGAAAUUUGGGCCUUUCCUAAAGGAGAAAAGUUGCUUGCUGGCACUCAGGCACCAAAAAAGUUGGGAACAAGUUUAGUGAAAGAUGUUUCUUAUGAAAUUUCAAAGCCUUUGGUGAGUGAUGAUGCUGAAAUGGAUAGUGCCAUGCAACAAAAACCAAACAUUACUUCAUUGCCUUCUGAAGGAUUACCAAACCAUAAAGGAUGGAAUCAAGUGGUUAUUCAUCAAUUCAAAGUUAUAAAACAGAAGAUUAAACAUGUACUUGUGGAGUUCAAGAAAAGUGGUCACCAAACAUCCCUUGAAGCUAUACAAAAUAGUGAAAAUAUCACUAAUAAUGAGAAGGAUAUAUCACAAAGCUUCAAUGACGGCAUGAUUCGAGAAUACAGAAAGAGUAUAAGCAUGAGUGAGACUAAAGCUUCUGAUUCUGAUUCUAAUAAAUAUGAUGUUCGGCUAAUGCGAAGAACGUCCUCUCUUAACGAAUCGUUGGAUAAAUAUACUCAGUUGUUUGAAAAAAGUUUGAGCAAAGAGGUAAAGUGGAAUAGCUCAAAGUCUAAAAGCUUAAGAUUGACAAAUGAGGAAAAGAUUCACAAGAGAAGAGAUGCUCGUAUGUUUUCCAGAAGCAAUUUUUCUAUGCCGAAUCUCGAGUCUUUAGGAUUCAUUCUACAUGAAGCUCUUCUUGAUACAAAUGAUAUUGUAAAUAAUGCAAUGGAAAGUGAUAAUGAUGUUCAAAGUAAAUCAGUGAGCAUGCCUUUAAAGAUUGAUAAAUCACUUGACCAUUUUGAAAAGGCUGAAAUUGAUGAAACAGUUGAAAGGUGUGGUAGAGAUGUGAAUACUUAUUCUUUAUCUGAUAAGAUAGUUAAGAAAAUUGAUGAAGGAGUUACCUGUGACAAAAGGGAAGACAUACAUGAGCCAGAAGAGGGAGAUGAAAUUUCUCCUCAAGAAAAAUUGGAAACUAGCUGUCAAGACAAUACAACCAGCCAAGCAGAAGGAAAAGAAUGGAAUACAAGAGGAUCAAAUGCUACUAGUUUAACAGCCAAAAACAAAAACAAGAGUUUUGACAAUCAUUUGAUGUUCUUCAAUUCAUAUUCAGAAAACAAUUCAAAUUUCAAAUACGUGAAAGAUGUUCUUGAAUUUUCUGGUUUCAUGGAAAAUGAGCAUAAUCAAUUGCGAUACACGGUAGACCAACCAAUAAAACCAUCCAUAUUCAUGGCUAUGGAAGAAACUUUCCUUCAUGAAAAUGAGUUUUCUGCAGAAGAGAGUAUCAACCUUUGUGAUCACCAGCUUCUUUUUAACUUGGUUAAUGAGGUACUCUUUGAAAUAUAUGAGAACUCACCAACUUAUUUUCCAAGACCCUUUUCCUACAACUACAAGCUCAAACCAAUGCCUAAGGGAAAUUAUCUUCUUAACCAAGUAUGGAGUAGUGUUAGUUCAUACAUGAGCUUGAGACCAGAGUUGGAUCAGACAUUAGACGAUGUUGUUUGUCGUGAUUUGGCGAAAAGAAGUGGAUGGAUGAACCUUCAACAUGAAGAGGAGUGUGUAACACUUGAAAUUGAGGAAAUGAUCAUAGAAGAUAUGUUAGAUGAAAUUAUAUUUUCAGAUAUGUUAGAAGAUAUGUAGAUUAAGUAAUUUAAGCUGUAAAUAGGAUUGUUUGGCAGAUGUCAUAUAGAGUUGAUUAAGGAGUUUUUGUGCUUGUUGUGAUUAAUUGCAAUGUAAAUAACAUAGGAGUAUGUAUACGUGUUAUUGCUUAUACCUUAGAGAUUUUUUUAUUGAUGUUAAUGUAAUAAAGUCUCUUGUCCAUGCAAUUGCAUGUUGGGUGUAACACCACUUCUGCUUAGAUGAGACUAAUUACAAGUACAAUCAUUUGAGAGAAAAUUGAAGUAUGAAGAAGAUAGUAGAAUAAUGUGCUUUUAGCAUGUGUCAUAAAUACUUGUGUAUACCUUUGAGAUAGGACAAAAAUUUUAUUUCUACCUA